UUCCAGCACCCUGGGGCCAAAGGUCAGGGCCUGUGAUUCGGACAUCCUAGACAUGACAGCAGUGCAAAUAAAUGGUCUCAGUGAAUGAAGGGUGCCUGAUUUGAAGCCCCUUUUGAAGGUGCUGGAUGGGAGGGUACUUUGCAGCUCAGGCCUUGGAAACAGCCUCUGACAAGGGAGCUACGUGAAAUCACAACUGAGAUGAUCACAAUGUGAUUGAUAGGACAGCGGCUGCAAGGUCCCCCUUUGGGAACCGGCUGAAGAUGCAGGGACCCAACUGACAGGUUCCUGAGUGACUGCGGAAAGCCCGGCCCAUCUGGAAUCAGCCACAGAGCAGAGUACCAUGAACUGAGAAAGGCGCAACACGGAUAUUUGUCUUUCUUUGCUCAUUUUUUGGGGUUUUUUUUUUUUUAUUAACUUCAAAAACACUCUUGAAUGACACCGGCUUGAGACAGGAUCCUUUGCUCCUUCCCCAAGAGCCAAGAAGUCAUCCCCAUACGGUGAAGAUUUCCGGAGAAGAUGGGGAGGAAAAAGAUCCAGAUCCAGCGGAUCACGGACGAGCGGAAUCGACAGGUGACUUUCACCAAGCGGAAGUUCGGCUUGAUGAAGAAGGCCUACGAGCUGAGCGUCUUGUGUGACUGCGAGAUCGCCCUUAUCAUCUUCAACCACUCCAACAAGCUGUUCCAGUAUGCCAGCACCGACAUGGACAAGGUGCUGCUCAAGUACACCGAAUACAAUGAACCCCACGAGAGCCGGACCAAUGCCGAUAUCAUCGAGACGUUAAGAAAGAAAGGUUUUAACGGUUGUGACAGCCCGGAGCCUGACGGAGAAGACUCCAUCGACCAGAGCCCCCUGAUGGAGGACAAAUACCGCAAAGCCAGCGAGGACCUGGACAUCCUAUUCAAGCGCUAUGGUUCCACAGUGCCAGCGCCGAACUUUGCCAUGCCUGUGACGGUUCCCGUGACCAAUCAGAACACGCUACAGUUCAGCAACCCCGGGAGCUCCUUAGUGACCCAGUCCCUUGUGACCUCCUCGCUGACGGACCCGCGGCUCCUCUCACCUCAGCAGCCCACUUUGCAGAGAAACACCGUGUCCCCAGGCUUGCCACAGAGGCCAGCCAGUGCCGGGGCGAUGCUUGGGGGAGACUUGAACAACACAAAUGGAGCCUGCCCCAGUCCCGUGGGGAAUGGGUACGUCAGUGCCAGAGCCUCUCCCGGCCUGCUCCCGGUCUCCAACGGUAAUAGCUUGGGCAAGAUCAUCCCACCCAAAUCCCCGCCGCCGCCUUCCCACACCGCCCAGCUCGCCGCCAACAGCCGCAAGCCGGACCUCCGUGUCAUCACCUCACAGAGCGGCAAGGGGCUCAUGCACCAUUUGACGGAGGACCACUUGGCUCUGCAGAACACGCAGCGGUUAGGGGUCUCACAAGCGACUCAUUCUUUAACCACACCAGUCGUCUCAGUGGCCACCCCGAGUUUGCUGACACAGGGCCUGCCUUUCUCUGCCAUGCCCACGGCAUACAACACAGAUUAUCAGCUGACCAGUGCCGAGUUGUCGUCGCUGCCGGCGUUCAGCUCUCCGGGUGGAUUAUCGCUGGGCAGUAUCUCCGCCUGGCAGCAACAGCAGCAGCAACAGCCGCAGCAGCCCCAACAGCCACAGCAGCAACAGCCCCAACAGCCACAGCAGCCACAGCCACCCCAGCAGCAGCAACAGCAGCAGCAGCAACAGCAGCAGCAGCAACACCUGGUUCCUGUAUCGCUAAGCAACUUAAUACAAGCCAGCCACUUAUCUCACGCCACCACGUUGACUGUCAACACCAACCCCAACAUCAGCAUCAAGUCGGAGCCUGUCUCGCCCAACCGGGAGCGCAACACGGCCACGCCGCUGACCUCCUUCCCACACCAGAACCGCCACGAGCCCACGGGCCGCUCGCCCGUUGACAGCCUCAGCAGCAACGCCAGCUCCUACGAAGGCAACGAGCGGGAAGACCCCGCCCGGGCUGACUUCAGCUCAUCCCUCGGUCUCCUGAGACCCACGACGGAGGCCGAGGGGGAGAGCCCGUCUGUAAAGCGCAUGCGGCUGGACACCUGGGUAACAUAACCAGCUCCCUGCUCUCUUCAAAGCUACUUUGUGCUCGCACCUGGGGAUAGGGAGGGGGGGAGCGGG